AUGGCAAAAAAAUUACCGCAUUUGUGCCGAAUGACGGAAAACGACGAAGUGCUUGUGGCUGGUUUUGGUCGAAAGGGUCAUGCGGUGGGUGAUAUUCCCGGUGUACGUUUCAAAAUUGUCAAAGUUGCGAAUACAUCGCUGAUUGCGCUGUUUAAAGGGAAGAAGGAAAGACCACGUUCAUGA